UCUCUGCGAUAGUGAUUUUUUCUAUAUGUAUAUAUUUGCAUGAAGUUACUAUUAAUUAUCACCAUGAGUAUUUACAGAUUUCUACGAGAAUAGAUUAUCCUGCGUCAUGCACAAAUGAUAAUCAUCAACAAACAUGUUGUGAACAACUGCUGCCAACAUUUAUUUUUGAGAAAAUGAUGAACAGUCUUGUAAGUUUACAAUAAAAGUAACUAAAAGGAAAACUUAAAAUAACUAUAAUUUGCUCUAUUUCCGUUCUGAAUGAAAGAACGUCAAACUGACAUCACUGUUUGAUCCUUAAGACAGUUCACUCACGAUAAAGGAAAAUAUUAAUAAAUUGUUUAACAAUGCAAGAGUAUUGGUUACUCUACAAGUUAACUAUCCGAAUAAGAAAAAACAGAUUUUGAGUUACAAAUUUUUAAGAAUUGACGUGUAACAGAAAGUUGUAUGUGGUAAACUACAUAUAUAAUUUUAUAUUGUUUGACGAAUAUUUUAAUUAAAUACACGAUGGAUGAUCAACAAUUAAAUAAUUUGAUUAAAUGGUUAGACACAUUCGAUCUUCAAGCACCUCACUCAUCUGCAGAGGAUAUAAGUGAUGGUGUGGCCUUAGCAGAUGCUUUGACUCAAAUUGCUCCAGGAUGGUUUACUGCUGCUUGGAGAGCAAAAAUUAAAAGUGAUGUCAAUUCUAAUUGGCGUCUUAAAGUUAGUAACCUAAAAAAAAUAAUUGAAGCUGUAAUAGAUUAUUACAUAGAUGCUUUAAAUCAACAGUUGUCUGGUUAUGUUAUACCUGACGCAACUAGAAUCGGAGAACAUUGUGACAAGCAUGAAUUACAUCGACUAUUACAAUUAAUUCUUGGGUGCGCUGUUAACUGUAAUCAAAAGCAGCAAUAUAUAACAAGAAUCAUGGGUAUGGAAGAAACUGUCCAACAAGCUAUUAUGCAAAGUAUUCAAGAAUUGGAAAGUAACAUGAAUGGACCAAGAUUAAGUUUAGGUACUAGCCUUAAUUUUGAAUCAUUGGAUGUAGCCGAUGGUACUCAUCAAAGACUAUUAGCCGAACUUCAAUUAACUGCUGACAUGAAGGAACAAUUAGCACAGAGAUGUCAUGAGCUUGAUCAACAGUUGUCACUUUUACAAGAAGAGAAAGCUGCAUUGGUUGCAGAAAAUAAAAAACUUCAAGAAAGGUUAGAUGAGUUUGAAUAUCCAGAAGAAACAGGUUCAAUUUUAAAAUAUUCAGGCCUUAGAAAGCAGGUGGAAGCUCUUAAAGAUGAAAUAUUUAAGGUAGAAACUUCUAGAGAUGAUUAUAGAUUAAAGGUAGAACUAUUAGAAAAGGAAGUAUUGGAGUUACAAUCUAAGCAAGAAGAUUUGCAAAAAGCUGCAGAUGAAGCUAAUCAUUUAAAAGAUGAGAUAGAUGCGUUAAGAGAAACUGCAGAUAAGGUAGCUAAGUACGAACUUACAAUAGAAUCGUACAAGAAGAAAAUGGAAGAUUUGAGUGACCUGAGAAGACAGGUUAAAAUAUUGGAAGAUAAAAACUUAGAAUAUUUGCAGUCGAAAAUAUAUUAUGAAGAAGAAUCAAAGAGAACUGCAAUGUUACGCAACCACUUAGAAGUUUGCAAACAACAACUUGCAGAAGUUCAUCAUAAAUUAGAUGAACAAACCAACAAGUGUGACAAACUAGAAUUUGAAGGGAAGAAAAUGGAAGCAAAGUUAAGUACUUUACAAAGAGAAAGAGACAGAGUAAUCGUUGAAAGAGAUGCCUUGAAAGAAACAAACGAAGAAUUAAAAUGUACACAGUUACAAGCAGCAGAAAAUAUAAUGAAACCUAGUACUGAUAGUACUGUUGCGAAUGCAGAAAUGAUUCCACUAGAAAUCAAAGAAAAGUUAUUAUGUUUGCAACAUGAAAACAAAAUGUUGAAACUUAAGCAAAAGGGAAAUGAAGAUAAAUUACCUACAGUCCAAGCACUUAUAGAAGAUUCAGAAGAAAGGAUAAAGAAGUUAAGAGAUCAAAAUCGCGAGGCUAAUCAAAAAAUUCUUGAAUUAGAAAAUAGAUUAGAAGAGGCAUUAGGAAAUCAAUCUACUGGAGAAAAUAAAGCUGAUAAUACAAACUUAGGACAGAAGAUAACACAGUUGCAAUGCGAAUUAAGGAAAGCACAUGCAGAUAAAGAACGCUUGAUUCUUCAACUAGAAGAAAGAGAUAAUUCGUUACAAAGUCAAAAACAAAAGGUUUUCGCAUUGCAGGAAAAGAUAACGCGUAAGGAAUAUGAUAUUACAGCACUUGAAGAACGUUAUAAAAAGAAUUUAGAAAAAGCAAAAAGCGUUAUAAAAUGUUUACAUCCUAAACAAAGUAAUUCCUCUCCCAAUGUAGUAGCUGUGUUAAGGAAUCAAAUUUUAGAACAACGAAAAAUUAUGGAAGAAAUGGAACGGUCUUUAAAAGAAUCUAAGUUAAUUAAAGAAAUGGAAGAAAAACUUAUGACUACUGCCUUUUAUCGUUUAAGUUUAUCUUUAAACAGAAAAGUACUAGACCAACGUCUUGCAGCCUUGCAAGGAUGUCAAGGACAGUCGUUUUUAGCAAGACAAAGGCAACCAUCAGCCAGGCAUCAUUUGCCUUAUAAUUCUAAGUAAAUAAACCUGUUUUCAAAUAUUUAAACUUUGUUUCAAUUACAUAUAUAUGUAUAAAAAUGAUUUAAGAUUUUUUAGAAUGCAAAUAAUUUAUAAUUUUAUAUUUAUAUAAUAUUAAUCUUUAAUUAUUUUAAUAUUCCUCCAAAAAUUGGUAUGAGGUUUAUCAUUGACAAAUGAGAAGUUUUAACCCCUCACAUAAAAUAAUAUUAAUAAAGUAAGCAUGCACUUGUAUAUAUUGUACAUGUAUAUUAUUAUAUUUUAUGCUUUUGUAGCACAGUAAAUAUGUAUACAAAUUAUAUGAAUUUUAAAAUAUAAAAGUAAUCAUUUACAUUUCUACUUAUAAGUUGGAAAGGUGAAAUAUAAUAUCAAUGUGCCUCUUAACAUUUUUAUUAUAUUCUAUGUAAUAUUUGUUUAAUAAAUUUAUACUUUAUACUAUUGUACAGGCACACUAGAAAAGUUUGAAGAUUAUACUUUAAGUAUUUUACAGUGAGGAAGAUUUAUUAAAGAAAAAGACCCAAAUAUGGUGUGUAAGUGUAUCAUUUUAGAAAAUGAAAAAGUAUUAAAAGUAAGCCAAACAUAUUACUACAAAUCUGAUACUUGGGAUAUUUCAGGAGAAUAUUAUUUUAUUUAUAAACUUUAUUUAUAUAGAAAAUAAUAUAAAAAUUUGU